AUGAUGGCUUUGUUGUUGACAAAAAUGGUGUGUGCGUUCCGGAUGGGGCCUCAUCUCGAUAUGCAAGCCAGGACAAAAUUUUUAGUGAUCUUGGUACUGGAAUUCUCAAAAACGCCUCUGAUGGCUAUAACUGUUCUUUAUUUGCAUAUGGACAAACCGGAUCAGGAAAGUCUUAUUCGAUUGUUGGCUAUGGAAACAAUAAGUAAGACCGAGUAUUUGAUUGCUGUAACGUUUUUUACAGAUGUUACAGCUCUAUUUUGCUCUUUAGUCUAUAUAUAG